AUCUUUUUUCUUUUUACCUCGUCUUAUUUUUCGUGAUGACCAGCUCUACCAGCAGCUCAAGAAGCCGGAAUCCUAGCUCCGGCCCACGAUCAACGCCGGAUCGAUUUGCUAACUCUUCUAGCUUUUCUUCCAACUCUGCACCACCUGAGUCCGACUCUCGGAAACCCGAUUCAGGUCGGAAUCCACUAACGGUUGCUGUCCGGUCCAUUGCUGGAGCUUUUAUCUCGUGUUUUACGCCGCCUGAGACAGCUGAAAGGAAGAACUUAAUAGUUUCCAAUGAGUCUCGGACUCCUUCUGUUUCAUCGGAAGUGUCAAGAACAACUAGCGGGAGGCGGGGUUCGAAUGGAGGGAUUUAUUCCAAUGCACGAAAGGAGAGUGGGCCUGGGAACAUGAAAUUCACAAUGGACGAAAUUCUCAAGGCCACGAGGAACUUCUCCCCUGCUUUCAAGGUCGGGCAGGGUGGUUUCGGAACAGUUUACAAGGGAAGACUUGAUGAUGGAUCCCUUGUUGCUAUCAAACGUGCCAAAAGUUGUGUGUAUGAUAAGCAUUUGGGUGCGGAGUUCCAAAGUGAAGUGACGACACUAGCACAAGUGGAGCAUCUGAAUUUGGUUAAAUUUUAUGGGUAUUUAGAGCAGGGAGAUGAAAGAAUAUUGGUUGUGGAAUAUGUCACCAAUGGUACUCUUAGGGAGCACUUGGAUGGUGUUCAUGGGAAAGAACUUGACUUUGCCGCGCGGCUUGAUAUAGCCAUUGAUAUUGCCCAUGCAAUCACCUAUCUUCAUAUGUAUGCAGAUCACCCAAUUAUCCACAGAGACAUAAAGUCUUCCAACAUUCUCCUUACUGAAAAGCUUCGAGCCAAGGUUGCCGACUUCGGUUUUGCUAGGCUGGCUGCUGAUAUGGACUCCGGCGCAACCCAUGUGUCGACGCAGGUUAAAGGAACCGCCGGCUACCUGGACCCAGAAUACCUCAGGACCUAUCAACUUACAGAAAAGAGUGAUGUUUAUUCAUUUGGAGUAUUAUUAGUUGAACUAGUCACAGGCAGGCGCCCUAUUGAAUCUAAAAGGGAACACAAGGAGCGGAUAACGCCAAGAUGGGCAAUGAAGAAGUUCACUGAUGGUGAUGCCAUUUCAGCUUUGGACCCUUGUCUAGAACCGGCUGCCAGAACUAAUUUAGCCCUCGAAAAGAUCCUCGAGCUAGCCUUACAAUGCCUGGCUCCCCGUAGGCAAAGUCGGCCGAGUAUGAGGAGCUGUGGGGAGGUGUUAUGGAGCAUCCGUAAGGAUUACAGAGAACAAUCAGCUUUAGGCUUUCGCUCUCUUUCGUCUUCUCAAAGGAGUGUGUCAGUUAAAGAAGAAUAAACCCGGGUAUGAUUUGCACAAAACCUAGUACAAGUCCUGUUGUCUGCUUGUAUCAGUGUUUUUUUUAAUGUUACAUCUGUAAGGGCCUUCAAGGGAGGUUAGAUUUUUUGCAAGAUUAUUGUAGAAAAUGUGUUUUGUGAGUUUUGAUUAGUGUAAAACUGUGUAUCUAAAAUUUAUAUAUUUCUUUAAUUAUUUUUUAUA